AUGAAAAGUUUUUCGCGACUAAUGUCAAAACCUUAACCUAACCUAUAAAAGUGUGUAUGUAAUAAAAUCGCGCAUUUGGGGCCCGUUUUUUUUCCUAACUAAAUACGAAAUGGCGGAUAUGGCGUCUCUUUUGGAGGAUUUGAUCGGAAUACGCCAAUUGUUGUGGGGGCCGGUUAUAAAGCAGGAUAUUUUUAGGCGAUGGUCCCAAGGAUUUUAUUUUAGUCAACACGAACGUAGCGGUUUAGAACAAUUAGAGGGAGGCCCAUGCUCGAUAAUAGCCCCGACCCAAGCUUACAUAUUAAAGAAAUUAUUAUUAGAUUACGGAAACUUCUCGUUUCGAGAUAAUAUGACAGAAGAGCUCCAAAAUAACGUUUUAGUGCACGCGGUUUGCGAUAUGUUGCGUCAAUGCACCCACGAUCGAUUUUGCGUGGUCUAUUUAGACCAAAAAGUGAAUUCGAUGGAGAUCGAAUCGACCUCGGCUCACGCGGACCCGGAAAAGUUCCACGAUCAUCUACGCAUUACAAUUUUAUCUGGGUUAACCGAAUUGGAGAAAUACUUUCACGAGAACGUUAAUAGUUUAAAACGGCAAUACGGGGCGUUAUUGUUUUUGUAUUCCGUAAUAUCAACUAAGGGAUUAGAUCAAGUGAAAUUAGAGUGCGACUCGACCGAUCCUUUAAUCGACGCUAUUUACGGCUACGGAAGUCAAAGUUUAAUAAAUCUAAUGAUAACGGGGAGAGCUGUUACUUACGUUUGGGAUCAUGAACAGGACGUGGGCGGAUUAAAAUUAAAAGGAUUGGAUAAGCAAAGUCAAAUAGGAUUCAUAACCUCAAUGGAGCAUUUACGAUAUUGCACGGUGGGCUCGUUUUAUAAAAGCCCGGUGCACCCCAUUUGGGUUUUAGGCUCGGACACGCAUUUAACCGUUCUUUUUAGUGAAGAGCGCAAAUUGGUUAGCCCCGAAACGAAGAGCGAACAAGCGAGGCGCGUUUUUAAAAACUAUGAUAAAGACGGAAAUAAUUUCAUUAACGUUGAAAGUCUCCAAGCCGUUUUACAAGAAUUAGACCUCGUCAGUGACUCGGCUUACGUGGAUAUAAUGCGGAAGAAAUUAGAUUCGGAAAAUUUAGGUAUUAUUCUUUUAAACGCUUUUAUGGAGGAAUUUUUUCCAACGGAGGAAUCGUCCGUGCCCGAUAUGUUCCAAUUAAUACAUUAUAACGGGUUACCUAUAAGUAAUGUUGACGGUCAAGUUAAGUAUCACGUGGGCUCCGCAAUAUUACUCGAAUCGGACGUUAGAUCAAUAUGCGAAUCGAAUCCGAUGUUGACGUGCCUACAGACUAAAUGGCCAAACAUAGAGAUAACGUGGUGGAAUAAUAUCACACCCAGUUUGAACUAAAAGAUCGAAAAAGUAUUAAAGUGACAGUUAUUAAGUUAAAGAAUUGGGAGGAAUUUUUUUAAUUUUUAGGAGCCGCUUUAGAGAUUUUUUUUUAUUAAAAUAUUAAAGAAAAACGGAGCU